AUGAAACAUCCGUUCCAGAAGGUGUUGCUCAACGAAAAGGGAGACCUGCUGUUUGCCGGUGCCGGCCAGAAACUGUUUGUUUUCCAGCGCGGCGAAAACUGGCAAUUGACCGACUCCUGGCUCGACACCGUCGACUCCAACUAUGCCCUGAUCAAGGAGUACGAGGCACGCAGCAGGAAGUUCGAGCAAGAAACCGCUGCCGGCGACCGCAAGCCGCCAAAGGUGCCGACGCCGGGCCCCGGAGCGCCGCCAAAGCUCUGCUACAUCAGAGACAUCCAUCUCAGCAGAAACGAGAAGUAUCUCAUCCUCACUACAGACACAGACAAGGCGGUGGUGGUGUUUGAGCUGGAUGGCGGGUCGUUGAGACAGAUCAAACGGCAGCCUCUGCCGAAAAGGCCGUGUGCCGUGUCGACGUCGCUCGACGACUCGACGGUCGUCGUUGGAGACAAGUUUGGAGACGUCUACUGUAUUGACAUGCUAUCGUCUGAGACCAAGGAUGAAAAAGACAUGGUGCCGGUUCUGGGUCACGUGUCGAUGCUGACGGGGGUGCUGAACGUUUCGGACGGCGCCGGGAACGAGCUCGUUGUCACGACCGACCGUGACGAGCACAUCAGACUGAGCCGGUUCCCGCAAAGUUACGUUAUCGAGAAAUGGCUGUUUGAGCACGAGGAGUUUGUGGCGUCGAUCGUCGCGCCGCGGUGGUGUCGCGACAGGGUGCUUGUGAGCGGCGGCGGCGACCCGUUCCUGUGCUCGUGGCGGUGGCAGGAGGGCGUGCUUGCCGACAAGCUCGAUCUGUCUGCCGCGGUCGAGCCGUAUCUGACCGAGGAGCACCUGGUGCCGUCGCGGUUCCAGAACGACGCCGGCGACCUGAAGGAGUUCACAGUGUCGCAGCUGCUGGAGCUGCCGUCGCAGAACAGGCUGGUGGUGCUGGUUGACAAGAUGAGCGCGUUUCUGGUGGUUUCCGUGGCAGAAGACGGAAAACUGAGUCUUGAGCGCACGGUGGCCGUGGCGAGCCCGGUGAUCUGCGGCGCAGCCUCGGCCCAGCGUCUCGUGCUCAGCGUGCGCGGCGCCGAAAACUGUCUGCUCGAGUACACGCUGGACAGCUGGACGGCCGCGGAGCUGCAGGAGGUGUACGGGUGCAACGACGUGAACUGGGACGAGAAGGGCGAUCUGUUUGCGUCGUUCUCGGUGAACCAGCUGCGCAAGCGGAGCGAGCACUGA